UUUAAGUUUGGAUCAAUUUUUCAGCCAAAACCUAAAAUAUUUCUAUCGCAGUUCGUGUUGUUUUUUACCACUGGGUGUACUGAACCUGCGCUCCAUUCGUUCAAUGCACUCGGAACCUCUUUCGAUAUUGGUCUGAGCAUGCGCAGUCGGCCAUAACAACACAUCGCAAUGUUUCGCCUAAAAUGGCAGCGAGUAGCUUAGAACAAGACGGCGAUGGGCUAAAAUUGGAUCCAAAUUUCGAACUUUUGGCAAUACUAUUGGCCCUUGCUUUUCAAGAGGAAGAUGCAGAAAGGUUUCUAGAAGUAUAUGACAAUGUUAUUCCGAAAUCACUCUCAGUUUCUGAGGUGGAGGGUAUCAAAGACAGAGCUCGUGAUUUAGCAGAUUUGCCUGGAGAAACGCUGCUGGAACUGAAAGCUGCCCAGGAAAGUGAAGCUGCACUUUUCUCAUCUCCAGCUGUUGGAUCUUUGGGUCAUUUUGUCAGUAGGCACAUCACUGACAGCCUCCAUCCGAAGACUGCAGAGACGGGAUAUUCAAACCACCUACCUCAUGGGAAAUUUCAGUCCAAGUCAGGGGCUCUUUUGAGUCAACGGCUUAAUGCCCACACACUGGCCAGUAGCAGUCCCAACAUCCAAGGUGACAUUUUGCAGUGGCAGGGCCCUGUGAGUCAUCUGAGGAACAUUGGACUCCCUUGGAGAGCAGAUGCUGAAAGCCAAGCAGGCAUUUCUUACCUCAGGCAGCCGCGUAGGCUUCUUCAAGACACUGAAAAAUAUCUGGACCAGGAAACAUUUCCUGGAGCCACUCUUACUUUGGACAGCACAUUUAGGGACACGAAUUCCAACCUUGAUCCCAAUCGAUGGAGCACCAUGGAGCCUGUCGUUGCACCUAACAAAGUGCAGCAGGCGCGGACUACUGGUGUGAAACAGCACAAAAAGCUGUCUCCGCAAAAGCACCCUGCGACCAGUUCGAUAGAGCAACAGUACCUCACGAAUGGCACUACAGAAAAUGCAAAGAGCCGAACUCCAAAAUUUACUGACAAGGAAAAACAAUGUAUAAAAUCUAAACCACCUCAAACUGCUUCAGAAGUUGAUUUAUGUAAGUCUGAACCAAUCGCUAAAAUUCCCAAUUGCUCUUUGUUGCAUCUUGAGAACUCCCUUUGUGACAACAGCUGUGAGUUGGGCGAUUGCACAAAGGAGGAGAGGGCUGCCCUGAUACCCAAGUCACCACCAAUUCCUGACUUCCCACCAUUUAAAUCCCUUGAGGACGUUGGCCACUCAGUUGGAAAGCUCCUCACAAACAGUCAGCCGAAACACACUACUUGUCCUCCACCCUGGUUUCUGUCCACAACAACAGCCACACUCGCAUAUCCUGAUUCAUCAGACGGUGUCAUGGCUGCUAAGGUUGGGACAAAAUAUGGCACCGUCCCAGACUUGCAUGUAGACGUAUGUAUGAACAGUGCAGUAAGCAAUGACGGUCCUCAUCAAAAGACUAAAACAACUCUUAAUUUAGACACACUUUCUAAUCACCAGCUGCCUGAUGACACACCAGAGGGAUCGACUCACGUUGACACUAAUUCUUUCAGUACUCCAGAAGUGCCUUCUCAUGUAAAUAAAUUGGCUGCAGAUGUCAGUCCUUCAACGGAUGGGGCAUGUGAUCAAGUGGACAAUGAUGAAUUUGAUAUUAAUUUGGAGGAGCAGCCAAAAAGCAUUGAAUGCCAGUGGAAUGCUGCCAAGAAAAAAAAGAAGAAAAACAAGAAAAAGAAAGCGGCAGGAACUGGUUUUGAAAGUGCAAGCUUAAGCAGUGUGAAGUUACCUGUUGGUGCACCUCCCUUACCACAUUCGCCUCCAGAGCUACGCAACAAACUCCAGCUGAAAGACUCUCACUCAGUGACCACCUCCAAAGUUACUGCCGGGCCUUCAAGUGAAAAUGCCCGACACCCACCGCCUAUGGUGUCGUCAGAUAGCGUGACUUCCAGUGGUGAAUCAUCUGCAGAUGGAGGUGCAUGCACGAGUGAUGUCAGCAGUCAGCAGCACAACAUGGAUGCAGUGAAAAGAGAUGCUGGGGACUGCUCUGAUAAUGUACCUCAAACUCCACAAAUCGACAGUGCCACAGGGGGCCUGGGUGCCGGUAAAACUGAUUCAAAUAGCACAAAGGAUGUGUGUGUCCAGGGUGAUCCGCUGGUAAAACCAGAACCUGCCAACAAUACCCCAGAGGCUGAUAUACAUUUUAAGGCUGACAUUCAGCCAUACGAUCAGUUUCUUUCCAAACUGCCAGCCGUGCAACCUGGCGCAGGUCUUACUGUCAAAAGUGACCCCAGUGACUCUGACAGUGACAAGAAUGACGCCAAGGUACAAUUAGACAAGGAAGCUGCACCCGACUGGUCAGCCAUAGCUGGCAAGCCACACAGUCUGAGUGAGCCCACUGGCGAUUCUGCUGACAAUGAAGACACCCGCGAUUUCAUCAAAGUAGAGUACAAACGCUCCCUGCGCAUUGCCAAGAAGCGCAGUGUCGGUGUGAUUGAUGACCACAGGUUUGUUCACUCGUCUGGGAGGUACAUGGAAAGGGACAGAGAUUACUCCCGGAGUAGAAAUUUGCAAUCUGCUGGACUGCGGAAAUCGAGUAGCGAACCUGCGGGAAUGUUUGAACUAGGUGACAAAGACAGUGAAGGUGUUGAGAACAAAGCUAAACCAAAAUAUCUUUCAGACAGUGUUACCAAGACUGACAUGCAUCUUACAUCCUCUGUGUUGACGGAAACCACCACAGUACAACGAUCUGAAUUUUCAUAUGCAAGCAAAGUAAAGUCAAACAUGAAAACGUCGUCACUUCCACCGAAGCUCAGUCCACAAGCACUUUUGGAUUAUGGAGACGACGAUCAGUCCGAUAACCCAGCCAGCAGCGAGAACUCCUCUGAUUCUGUGACUGGAAAUAAGCCUGCGGUCUUGGAACCAAAGCCCAUGCCUUCAGGAAUAUCAGUACUAGAUAAGAGUGAUACAAGCUGUACCAGUAAAAGUGAGUUUGUCGUUGCACACUCUGCCAAAGAACAGUUAGUAAAGAACAGUGUUAGACCUGAGAAACAUUACAUUGUCUCUCAGACAAUGAGACCACCUGGCGACAGCAGCAAGGUAGGACAAGUGAGGAGCUUCCAAAGAAGUAGUUCUGUAGACACCAGUGGAGUGACAAAGAAAGUGUCAUUUGAUGAUAACUCCAUUAGGCGUACGGUGCCCCCACAAGGCCCUGAGGCCAGUGUGCAAUAUUUAGACUUGACAUAUGCGGGUCGGUUGAAAGGACAACGCCCUGCCGUCUCAAAAGCUGCUGCAGUGCACCCGCAGCUGCUGACCUCAGAUGUGCAGCGGGUGCAAGUUGCAGGCUUAAAAGAUCUGAAAUCACAACCAAAGGGAUCUGAACCAAAUGAAAAGGAAGUGCUAAUUACCAGCAAAGCUACCAUUGUGCUCGGUACAAAAACACCAACCCAAAACGACCUUGGUAGAGGAAGCAAUGUUAUGAUUAAACCAGGCAGCAGCAAUCUUGUCUCUUCCACAGACUUUAAACCUGUUGAUCAACCCGCCAGUUCUCAACCAAGAGCUUCUCCAGCUACCCUUCCAUUGACCUCGAGAAAUACCACCUCCUCCCCAACCCCUUCUGUUGGCUCUUCCACCUCCAAACCCCAUCCCGUUUUUGACCUUGAUCCACAAGACAACUUUGACAUCACCUUCGGUUCAGUGAUUGUUCGCAAGGCUGGUUACGAGAUACUGCGUGAGGAGAGCUCUGCCAUGAAGCGAGGAAGUCCCGUAAAGGAGAUCCUUUCUAAUGUUCCAGCAACAGGGCAGCUUCCGACGCCCACAGGUCUGAGCUGUGCUGAACUUGAGAAGUCCUUCAUGAGCCAAGACUCCAAUCAGCCCACCCCAGCCAAAGUGGAUGAUGCAGCAGGAGGUGACUCGUCAGCUACUUCAGGUGUCAGCUUUGGAAAGUUUGACGGUGCCUUGGGUAUCAAAGCUGCCUUGGAGGGAAAGAAAGAUGACACAGGAGACUUCAACCACUUAGAGGUGGCGGGAAUGCUGUUUGCAGAAUGGUGUAAAACACAGACGGAGAUUGGAGAGAAUAAAGUUCUGGUCCUAGACUAGGAUUUGUUCAGCAUUGUAAUAACAGCAUGGAUUCGUCAGCAUGCAGGAGGGCAGUUGGGAAAAAUGGGAGAAUUAGGUUGGAGGUGAGAGGUUUCUCAAGUAAGUGUAUGAAUUAACAAAUUAAUUUGUUAAUGUGCUCAUUUGAAGCUGGUCUCUGAGACAGAUUCCGAAAUUGUUAGUCACUAAUUUUGAAUAAGAAACAGAUUUUAUACCAAAAAAGUACACUGCAUACAUGUCAAAUGUCAUUAUAGAAAAAUAGUUUGACAAUACUUUAUGUAGUGAAUUACACCUUUCAUUUUGUUUUUGGUGGUUCAUAUUUGGUGCUUGGUUUGAAUUGAGUGUUUUUGAUCGCAAAAGCAAAUUAAUUUGGCUUGUGCGAAAUGGUGUAGUUAACAUUAAUCAUGCCAAGAAUAACAAACUACCACGGCCAGUGUUUUACAUCUGUCACUGGCCACGUGCCUUUAUCAAACUUCUGCCAUUGCCAACAAACACAUUCAUUACUCUAGCGGCAUCAAGUGUCAGAUACAUGUACUUGUCAGUAAACAUAAGAUUUAGUAGUCAUCCAACCUGUGCAAUGACUGGUGCUGCCUAACCUCAGCUCCCUCCAUUGGCAUUUGCAUGAGGAAGGACCCCCCAAGUCUUCAAAAUCCACAACUAUGUUUGAAACCAGAAGCUUGUUCUUUGUAGUAAGCCCAUUAAAAUGUAUGGAGGUCCAUGUAAACCCAAAAAAGCUACAAAGAUGCCAACUUUUACAAUUUGUUUAGUCCGUCUAUGACUGUACGAUCCAGAUUAAAAUUUUUACGAUUUCCAACUCGAAGGUACAAAACCAUACAGUUGUGUAUAAACUCUACGUAAGCUAGCACGGAUCCAGCCUCGUAAUGUGGCGUCAGAAGUGUGUUGCUGGCAUCCCGCUUUUUGUUCAUACAAGCUGCGUGAGGAGUGGUAGAAACCAGCGAGGUUGAAUCAUCUGUUUGCCCAAAUGUACGCGAUGAUGAACAGGGGGCGAAAAAGGCAAGAUUGCCCUUCAAAUGCAUCGUGAUUGUGUACAUCCAUCCAUGCAUUGUACAUUUACCAACCUACACACGUGUGUCGAAAUUUGUUAUCGUACUGAAGUUGACCGGAAUGGAGGGCUGUCGAGGAUUUUGAUUCUUGGAUACUUUGUGAGCAGUCGGACUUGUUUUGCACAGUGGCAACAAGUGAGCAUAAGUUCAGGGACAAGUACACCACAAAUGGGCCUUUGUUGCAAAAUCUUGUUGUGGAGAAGCUUACUUGUUUUGCAACGAAUGUAACUGUGACAUGAUAGAUAUUGCUCAUGCUGGAUCUUACGACACUGCGAAGCACAUUAGUUAGACCAAGAAAAAAAUUUUUUAUCUAAUAUGCCGAUGAAAAUUUUUAGGGUUAUGCCAAAAAAUUAGGCUUGGUCGGGAAACGGGAACUGGAAGUGUGAUAGGAUUACACUCUUUCAUUUUGAAAAGUUGGCAUCUCUGUUAGCCAGGACAUCUUAUUCUUGAAUCCUAAAAGAACCAUCAAAACCUCUGGGAUGAUUCUGAAGGAUCUAGGAUUGUUGGGAUAAACUUAGCAAAGGGUGUCUUUUGUUGUGCUAGAAGAAGUGACACUGUGUGACCUAACCUUUUCUUUCGGAAUCAAUUAGAUGCUUUUUGAGUUGGGCUAUUCCCUCAAAAUUCAGACUUUUACCGAGUAAAGAUCACUCAAUUACCAUCCCAAAACACAGGCAGUUUACUCUUCAAAUGCCAGAUGAUUCUAUGAUUACUGCAGGACACUGCUUGGGUUAAGUCCACAGUGACCUCUCUGUUGUGCAUUUUCAGAGAUGUUUUCCAGUGUUGAAAUAACACCAUAAACUGCAUUAACAAUAUCAACAUGUAAAUAAGUGAUUGCUGACCCACUUUUUUUCAGUACAGUAUAAGAUAAGUGUACAUUCAGCAUUCAUAGAUGAAUAACUGAUGGGUGAAAAUAACCUGAAAAAUACACUGUAAAUGACCCACAGGUCAACAGUUUUUUGCUUCAGUUUACUGCGCAGCUGUCAAAAUAUAUAAAAUGUAAAUGAUUAGCUGAAAAAAAGGCUUUAAAAAUCUGUAAUUCUAAUGAUCGAGAAAUAUUGACUUACAAAAACUAUAAAAACCUUAAAGCUUACUUCAAAACUAUCUUUCGUUAUGUGUUGAAUAUAUGUACGUGUAGUGCACAACCUUUCUAAUUCAUUAAAUGUACUUUUAAUUUGAUCUUUGGGAAGUUUCAUUCUUUCUUUAGCGAAAGGAUGUACAUGUACCAAGCUUAACAGUUUUUCUGUAUGGGACUUCCUUUUGGCAAAUAGCUCUUGCGGUUACGGUUCAGGAAGUCCAGGGUCUAGUAAGUCGGCAAGACAAGACCAGAGAUGGAGAAUUGGAAAUCACUCAGUACAGAAUGGGAGGGAGGAUUCAUAAGGAAACUUAAAUCUCAAUUAAUUUUAAAGUACGUAUUGCUAAAAUUCCACAAUCAACGCUACAUGUAUUUACAGUACACUUUGGCAAUUCUUUUAAAGAGUGAAGUCAAAGUUAGACAUUGUGCUACUGCGGUGCCAAACUUAAUUCAAAUGAGUGUGGCAGUUGUACGGCAGUCAUACCAAAUGCUAAGCUUAAUAGUGCAGUGCCAUGCCACUGCUUUUCAGAGCAAUAGCACAGCAUACCCUGUUGAGCUGAAGGACCGCAGUGAAUACACUUUUACUGAGCUGAAUUGGAACUAAACGCUGAGCUUUUGCCAGACUGAACUUUUCAAAGAUCAAAUUCUUUGAAUUGGUGUGGCUCCAGCAUGGCGUGUACAUGUAGCUUAGGCUAUUUAGUUUCUUCUCAGCUGAUACUUUCGAGGUUCAAAAUUAUGAUUUUUUUAAGCUUGGGUUAAUAAUUUUGAAGUUAAACACUUUGUUUUAUGUAGUUUACCUAUCAAAGGGUAGAAAGUGUCCACUGUCGGUGAGAUAAAGCAAGAACAUUAAUCAAAAUGGAAUGGACUCUGUUGUCUAAAGCAGAUCAUGAAAGCAGUGCACACGUUGCACUUAAAAAACCAAAUAAGUACAUAGACAAAGUAAUUUCUGUGCAACUCAUCUUUCUUGCUCUUGAGAGAUUUGUAUCCACUGGCCAAUUCGAUCAGUCAAACUGAUGUUUAGGAGGAUCUUUUUUUUUUUAGCUAUUUUAAGUUAACCACUUUUCAGUAUACUGUGCUAAUUCAGGGCAGAAACUUUGUUCUUGAAAGGGCAAGGCAACUUGUAUUUAAAAUCAACUUGUCUAUGGGAACAUUACAUUUCAAAGGGCAUUGAGGCAAAUACCAGGGGCAUCAUGGCAACUGCCUUCCAUGUGUCCGUGAAGUUCCUGCCCUGCUAAUUGAUAGGCAGCACUGUCCACAGUAAUUUUUGACAACAGUCUGUCAUUUUACACUGAUUUAAAGUCCAUCAUUGGAAGAGAUUGACUCUAUGAAAGGUGCUUUGUGCAGCACUCCAGUCUAAAUUUUAGUUCUACUCUCAAGAACAAAUGCCAGCAUGUGAAUGGAAACAUAGGUACAGGUAUCGUGUUUAUUUAUUUAUUUUUUUGAGUGCGUAAAGUACCAAGCAUUUAAAGCAAGCAAUGAAACUUUCUGGGCUGCAGAUGAAAAUUGCUAGCAAACCUUAUCCCCUCUUGAUUACUUUUACCACCAUUCAUCCCUGUUAAAGACCAACUCCAGCAAUGCUAACUUUUCUCAUAUAUUGAAUCUUAUUCAGAAGAGGUAAGUCUAUUAAAAGUGGCACAUGUCAGUAUCUCCCUUGCAAUACACAUUUUUGUGUCAAUAAAACACAGUUUUUGGACCCAUUUUUCCCGCGAGUCCAGUCCGGUUUUGUAAAAAUGGGUGUGUCGUCACGACUCAUUCGCAUCUAAUGAAUAGUGGUUUUUGUGAUGCCUUACCAUGGAGAGGAAGUACCACAGUGUGUGCAUUUUAGGCAUGUGUAACACGCAUAGCCGCGGACGACAGCUUCCGAAACUCGAAGAAUUUCAAUCCCGGUUCUUUCACAGAAUCAAUACAUCCACCAAUGACGCAUGAUUUUGGCAUUAUUGUACAUGUAAAUCAACUCUCAACACAAGACAGAUAGUGCGACACAGUAGACCGGCGCACAGAUCGAUCCCUGGUGCGCGGUACACGUACAUGUAGCUCCAUGUUCAUGUGCGUUUGUAGCGGAACCAGUUGUGCCAUGGAUACCAGUUUCAAUGUUUUCCGGCAUUACAUCAUAAAAAUUCGUUUCUCAACAGCGCUCUAGCAGUCAGAUUGUGAAAAUUUUUCGUAAAUUCGAAGACACCGUUCAAAAGUUUCAGCAAAAUUACAAAAAAAACACAGUACAGGCAUGAUUUCUGUGGCCCCAUGCAUGAACCUGAUAUGCCACAUUUCAAACUUUUUGAGUUAGAUGCAUGAAUGUGUAGGGUAAUAUCAUUUCUUCAUUUUCUAAAAAUCUCAACAGCUGGGGUGGCUUAUUUUUUUGAAAUGUAGAGGGCGGUAUUAUUCCAACCAAACAGAACAUUCCAAGAAGCAAAAACAUUUAAUCAGAAUUUUUUCAGUUUCAUAUCUGUGCGGCAUAUCAGGUUCAUGAUGAGGCCACAGAUUUGGUAAUGAAUAUGUGAUUUAUUACACAUGAAACACAGUCAUAGUUAACAGUAUUUUCAAAACUUUUAAAACCGUUGGAGUUGGUCUUUAACAAUUUGAGAGAAUUCUACUGUGUUGCUGUGACUUUCGAAAUGUUCUAUUUGACCCAUAGCCUGGACCUUUUUAUGUUUUUGUGUGAAGUUGGUUGAUAAAAUGUUGUUUUGAAUAUACAUGACUUGUUCUCAGUUGUAAACUUCAUCCUUUUUUGUCUACAUCACUGUCCCUUUUUUUCAAAAGUGUGUUAAAUUUAGAUUGCUUUUCUUUCCUGUGGAAUUUAUAUCUAUUUUUAACAGUUGUCACAAAGUUUUAAAUUUGAGAAAUUCGUUAAGUUGGAUAAUACUAAGAAGAAGUCAAAAUUAUUGUUCUUAAUGAAAUAAUGAAAUGGUAUCACUACACAGUGAUCCUUUUUGAAAGUUGAAACAUCCUACCUUUUUUAAAAAACUGUACGCCUAGUAGGUACAUGCAUGUAUAUCCCUGCUAAAUCAACAAUGGUGCCUAUUAAUUUGUGGAAAAAAGUUGUCCUGGUCAGUUGUUUUGUUCUAUUGUUCUUUUUUUCCCCACCAACUUCAUUGCAGAUUAUGCAUAAGUAUUGUAGAUACACUAUUUAGUCAGUAGUCUUUGUUUCUUGAAGAAGCUGUGUUACGCGGAAUUGUUCCUGGCAAGCAUUAGUAUGUCUUAAUGAAAGUUUAUAAGCUCAUGCUUUGCAGCACUGAAUUCCAUGGCGUGAUCAUGUCAUUCAGUAUUCUCCAACUUGAAGUAGCCUAGCUGCCCACCAAGUUUUGCUUGUCUCCAACCAUCCUUAAAACAUAGCCAGUGGAGUAGAAAAUCUUCCAGUCAGGUUUAAAGUUCUGAACGCUACAUGUACAAUUAUGCGGACAUGUCAGCAUACACAUGUAUGCCAUUUUCUUGAAAACAGCUGUGUACGAAUAUCUACAAUUGCUUCCAAUUUUUGAAGGGAAAAAAUCAAACUCUAUAUACCAAAAUAUGCACACAGUAUGAACACCCUAACUUGGGAUGGGGUUGCGGAAGAGUUCUUGAACCCAAUCCUACCCCUUCUGCUUAACAAGUUUGCUAAGAACUCAUUGGUUUUUCAAAUUUUGCCGUUUUUUAUUAUACAUGGCCCACAUGCCAGCAAGAGAUUUGGGCAGAGUGACAGCCUAGGAUUCUGCCAUUUUGCCACAUUAGGCAGUAUCUAAAGGCUGUGACCACAAAUAAUGUGUGUGCCUGUGAAAGUCACUGACUACGGAUAGUACCUGUAGCCACAUACUAUAAUACAUGCACAUAAUUGCCAGCUGUAGCCAGUGGUGUACACAGAUGUUUUGUGGGGAGGGAAUGGGAGGUGCAGUUUUUUUCCUAGCAUCUAUACACAAGACUCCUCAACCCCCCUCCCCUGAAACAGUUUUCCCUGUCCCCUGCUGGAUACACCACUGACCUUGGCCAACUGUUUCAGAAGUGGUAUGAUUUUCAUCAGAAUGUGCACAAAUCUGUCAUAAAUUUUUCCUGACAUGGGCACCAGGCCACUGUGGUGUUAACUUGUGUACCAUGUUGUCAUUUGCAGUAAGAGGUGUGGUAUCACAGACAACCACCUCUUGAAAGGAUCGAUUGUAUGUUUUCUUGAGCACCGUUGGACUUGUUUCGAAUUAAUACCUUUCCUGAGUUCUUCCCCAGUGUUAAUUUUGACCGCAUCCUGUUUUGCUAAAUGCAUGUGUGUAUUCAGGAAGUGCUACCAUGUUACCAACCGCGUGUGUGCUUGAAACAUUUUUUUAAUGCAAAUCACACGACUUUUGAAAUCUUGACAGUUUGCAGCAGGAGCUAUAAACAUCCUAAAACAAAUUGCUAGUUGCUGUGCACAGCUUGAUUUAGGAAAUAAUAUAAUGCAGAGCAUUUUGCUUUAACAUGCAAAUAAACUUGCUCCAGAGCACCUGUUGGUGCUUUCAGAUAAAUACUAAGCAAAUGAAGUCAGUUUUUCAGUACCUAAAAUAUUUUGUUUUUGUGCAUUAGGCUACCUGAUUUUAUAAGGACAAAUAUCUGCAUUGUUUUAGACAUGUACAUGUAUGUAUUUCCUUGAGGGGUAGUUAAUAUAUGUGUACACUUCUCAGGAAAAUAAGUUAAAAAUCAUUGUUUUGAAAAAACCCUGUUGUCCUUUCACAGUGUUUUAGCAGUUUUAUGAUAUCAGUGUUCAAUUUGGUUCGAAGGCUUUGCAGUUUUCUUCCUAAAGUUUCUUGUAAUUCUAUUGUACUUUUUGGUGUAAAGCAUUUGAAAAAUAUUGUUUAGUAACCUUUUCCAUGCUUGUGAAGCAGGGGGAUUUCAACACUUAAUUCAUAUCCAGCCAUAUCAACAUGUUUGCUCAAUUCAAGCCGUUUGUAUGAGGUACAUGUACCUUAAUUCAGCACAAGGGAAUGAAAUCAGCUGUAAGAGGUUUUCAGAACAAGGCCAAGCAUUGUACAUUCUGAUCAGUCCUGCCAGCAUCAAUUAACAUGCUGCUGCUGUCUUCAAAAAACAACUAACUGUGUUUCAUGUACAUGUACAGCCAGUUACUUUAUGUCUGUGUGCAUUCUUGGGCGCACUUAAAGAAACUCAGUUGGUAACCGAGGGUACAUGCCCAUUUAAGGGCUCCCAUGGUUAGAAAUUGGGUAUGAAUCAAGAGACCUGUUUCGAAAGAGUUUGAAACAGGUUGUGGACAGGACAAUGAGCAGUCCUUUAAUUGACACCAUAAAUAAACCUUUUUGGAUUCAACCCACUCAGAGACAGUUGUUACAGAAAAAAAAGGGUCCAAUCCCAUGGAGUUGCCUAAAGAAAAUAACUAAAGGUUGCUUUGUACUAAAUUUUCUUGCUGUGCAGAGAUUAGCAGGGAUCAGUCCUGCAGUAUUCACCCUUUGAUAUUUUGGCCAUUAACCAAUUUCUUUUGAACGGAACCUUUCUGUGCUAAGCACCAUUUGCAGCAGCUUCAAGAGUUUUGCUCCCAGUGCUUUGCUGGAGUCUCAGUACAUGUACAGGGAGUGUGAAGGUCUCAUUUUAAAAUAACCAAGCUUUGCCCAGCAACAAUGUGUCUUCAAACAUGGGGGGGUCACUAGUAAUGGAGAGUUUGACUUUAAUCAGAGAAUUUUUCAGCUACAAUCAUCUGUCACGAACUUCAUCCUUGGCUUGGCCAAUUUCCACAUUGUUUUGUUCUUGAAGGCUGCUUACGCUAACAAGUUUCUCAUUCCUUCUCUCUGUAAAGAGCUAUUAACCAAUUUAACCUUAAAAGGUAAUUAGAUGAGAAAUGUUGAAUUUGUGCUGAUGGGCAGAUCUUGGAAUUGACCUGGUAGGGAGCCAUCUUCUUAAACAUAGCAAAUCAAAUGAUCUUGGAAUUAAAUGAAUCGGCUUGUUAUAUUGGAAUAAUCACAUUUGGUGGGGGAUGCUCCAAAGGGUGCAUCAGUGAUACGCCCUUUCAGCACCCCCCACCCCACCCCUCCCAUUAUCCAGUGCCCCAUACUGGAAUUUUAUACUCCCUUACUGGAUUUAUUACCCAUUACAGGAUUACUUCAACAAGCAUUUCACAAAGACAGAUGAAAGUGCAACAGCACAAAUGGAUGGGCUGAUACUUGAUCAGCAUUCUACUAACCAUGUGUGAUACUGAACUUGAAAAUUACCCAGUCAAAUCCCUGUGCUGUGUACACUUCACAUGUAGCAAGAUAGUAUUGUUUAUCUUCAGGAUAGAUUGAGGAUUUGAGUGGUUGGCUUUCUUGUGUGAGGAUGAUAAUAUAUGUACACUGGUCACUUGGAACUCUACAUUGCAAGAAGUCCCAUCUAUUCAAAGUGUCUGUGUGCAGUAGAUGCCUUUUUUCAUAUUUUCUUUGAGUCUGUUUAAAAAAUGUUCCAAAAAUUAAGAAAAAAAAAAAAAGGUUUCCUUUUAAAUAAGGUCAUGUUCCCCUUGCAUAUGUGGUGCCAAACUGCACUUUGCCGUCAUCGUUAGUAAAUGAGUAAUUUAGUUUUGCUUUGUGAGUGUUGAUUGUUUGCCUUUUGGAAGUCCAAAAUGCAUUGUUUUGAGUAACCAAAAAAAUCAAGUUGUUCUGUAAUCAUUUUGAACUUUAAAUUGAUAAAGAAGACCUAAAAAUUUGUGAUAAAGUUGAAAAUCUCAGUUUGAGCAGUGGCAUGUGUAUGAACUGUGUAGAUUUGUACUUAAUACAUGUAGCUCAACAGUCAUCAUAUCCCCAAAAAUUGUUUUUAUUUGUUUUACUUGUUGAUGGUAAUUUUUGUCUUUGUCCUAAUGUUGGGUAAACUGAAAAAGCUGUUGCCAUUUGAGAAAGAAACUGAACUUAAUUUGCUGUUAAUUGUCAAAUUUAUUUUAAUGUGGCAAAGAAUGCGAAAUAUCUGCAAUUUUACAAUUACAAAGAUUUAUUUGUAUGCACUUUCUGAAAUUCAACAUUUCUUUUUUGUGCUCUUGCUCUUUGCAGAAGUAAUCGAAAACAAGCACACAUGUGAAUUCUUUUAAUUUAUUUGGGAAUAUAAUGUUCAUUUUCUAGUAAGAUAGGAUUGGUAUUAUGGCAGUUCCUGUUAUCAUGCCUGUCUGCACCCCAACGCUUGUACAAGCAAAUUUCAAUUAAAUAAAGUGAUUGAGCAAAAUGAGAACUGUC